AUUUAACCUGUCGAUUAGUUGAAAGAGAUAACAAAACGCGAUAGAACUUUGGUGUCAUUAAGUGGCCAUGAGCUUCAGUGCAUGUCACACCGUAAGCAUGAACACCUCAGCUCCAGACCCAGGAGGAAAUGCCCCACCUUUGGAGGGUGGUUUGGUGGUGACCCAGAUACCUAUUUAUACCCUUAAUGGCGUCGGGCCCGGUGCAAUACCGCUGACAGUUGGUUGUCAGUCGAUGAGGGUCCGGUGUCCAUCCUGCAAGGGUGAAGUGGACACCAGCUUGUUGACCGCUCCCACUCGGAAGACCCAUCUGUGCGCCAUGACCUUGUACAUUUGCUGCUGUUGGCCAUUCGUGUGCUUACCGUACUUUAUAAAUUACUGCAAGAAUGUCCAACACUACUGCCCCAAUUGUGGCCACUUUAUCGGAAGUUACUCUUUUUGAUUUUCGUUGAUUGCCUCUCGAAAUUUACCUUAAACUUAAUUAAUACAAAAGCUAUGCUAAAACAGUCUUUUUUUAUUGUUUGUUUAUGUAGUACGUCGUAUGUAUGUAUGUAUCUUUUAGUGCUGGGAAUCCCCGGUAGAAGUGAUGGCACUGCUCGCCAUUUUGUAAUAUAAAUAUUGGAGCCGCUUGUAAAAAAAGGUGCUACAUUAACCGAUUGUAUUUUAAAGUAUAAAAGUUAUAUAUUGUGGUACAGAUAUGAUACCACAUUUCUUUAGCGACUGUAUAUAUAAAGAUAAGGUUUUGGAAUUGAUAAAGCUUCGACUUACUACAUAUACAGGUAAUCGAUACAAUCGGUUCGUUUCUCCCAUCACAGGCGAUCGUAUUGCCGUCUCGUUCAACAGAAAAAUAAAUAGAAAAGCACAUGCA